GCGAUGCCAACUACCAAAUGCGAGAAGAGAAAAUAUGGUGUUGCCGCAUCUGUUGUUCCAAACCAGAGCCCUUCUACUAAGCGAAGAAAAGACAAAGAACCUGCUGAUGGAGGUGAAGCAUCUGAUAUGGUUGCAGCCCACAACGUUGCCAUAAGUGGGUUAGCUGGGUUGCUUAAAAUCCUCACUGCCAAAGUAGAAGGCAUCGAUGUUAGUGUAGCUGACAAGGUUACUAAAGCAUUAGAUGCUACUAUUGACUCUAAGGUGGAAGCUAGACUGCGAGUAUAUGAUUCUGACUUACAGAAGCAGAUUGCGAAAUUGGAGGCACAAAUAAAUGAUAGUAAAAACAACGCUGGUGUGAACAUUGCUCCUGAUGUCGCCACCUCCAAGGCGUAUGAGGAUGAGGAUGAUGGUGCUUGUAGCAAUGACUUGUCAUGGAUUGUUCAGAAGUAGAUCACUUCACAAGAUGGAUUGCCAGUUGAUUGUGUUGUGAAGAAGGAGAAAAAAGAUAAGAAGACGAUGGAUAGCACACAUAAUCUUACGAACAAGGAGGUGAUAAAGACUGAGAAGAAAGCUGGAAUUCCACUAAGAAGAGUG